AUGGCAGGAGUUAAGCAAAAAAAUGAUAGAGACCUUAGAGAUGGCAGAGGAAUAGGUAUAGGAAGGAGACCGUCACAAGCGGAGGAGGUGAAUCUUAAAGAUAUACUGCGGGAGAACCAGAAAUUGGCAGAGCAGCAGGCCGAGUUUCAGAAAGAAUCAGAACUGAAACUAGAUAAACAAUCCUUACAACAAAGAGAAAUGUGCCAGGAGUUAAUAGAAAUGAAGAAAGAAAUUAAAGAGGAAAUUGGAUUUUUGAAAAAGGAGAUGGCAAGAACAUAUAAAGAUAUCAAUGACUUAAAAUCUGAAAACUUAAAACUUUCUAAAUCUCAUAAUAAAUUACAAAAGAAAGUAGAUGGUCUAGAGAAGAAAAAUAUUAAGUUAGAGAAAUUGCAGGAAAAAUUAGAAAUAAAUGAGAAAGAAUCCCAAUUAAGAUUUCGAAACAUACAAGAAGAAUCAGGAGAAAAUAUAAGAAAAAUUGUAAUAAAAUUGAUUGCAGAUACCCUUCAAAAGGAGGAAGAAUUCAUAGAAAGCGAAGUAGACAAAGUGUACAGAAUACAAACAAAUUUUUCUAGAAGAAAUAGGGCAACUAGGGAUACUAUCGUACACUUUGUGAAGAAAAAAAUUAGAGACGAUGUUUUGAUAAAUAAUAACAGAAACCCAAUCUAUUUCAAAGACAAAAAAAUAAUAGUGUUAAAAGAAUUUUCCCAAACAAUUCUAAACACAAGAAGAAAGUAUUUUUUUUUAACAGAUGAAUUGAAAAGACAAAAAAUAAGAUUCAGGUGGGAGAGGAAUGAAGGGAUAAUGGCGAUGUGGUACGGAGAAAAGUAUUGGCUCACAUCAGAGGACAAAGCUAAAGAUUUUUAUCAAAAAUUAAUGAAAGAGAGGAAAACGAACCCGCCUGAGACAACACCUCCUUCAUCCGUGAAAAGGAAGAAACCUAAGAGAGCCAGACUUCGCUCUCCAAAGGAUAUAAAAGGAUCUAAAGGGGAUAUUCCUAUAACUACAUCGGACCCAUCAGAUGUAGGUGAUGAUGAUGAAGAAGAAGAAAGUAUGGUGGAAGAGGUAGACUUAGUUACGGAGGAUGAAGGAAAAAUGGAAAGAGGAGAAGACCAACGGAAAGAGAAAGGAGAGGAAGAAGCUACAUAUGGAUAGAGGUAACUUUAGCAGACAAUUAAAGUUUUAUUCUAAUAAUGUAAAUGGACUAAAUUCACCAAAUAAGAGGAAAGAAAUAAUAUCACAAUUAAAAAAGGGAAAAUUUGAUAUAAUUGCUCUGCAAGAAACCCAUAUUUCACAAAAACAUGGCUCCCAUUUGACUAAUAAAGCAUUGGGUAAAGAAUUUUAUUCAUCAGAUUUAAAUAAGAAAAGAGGCGUGGUAAUAUAUGUAGCUGACUAUAUCCCAGCAUCAUUGCAAUUUAAGGAUCAGGAAGGUAGAAUCAUAGCGGUUCAAAUCACUCUCGACCAACAAAAGAUACUGAUUUGCAAUAUGGGCCACAAACUAAAUUUAUAAAGGAGUUAAGGAAACGGAUUACAGAAGUAGAUUUUGACCACUUAAUCAUCUUAGGAGAUUUUAAUGGAAUAAUGGAAAUGAAAAUGGAUACCAGCAAGAUAAUAAAAACAAGGAAAACCGAGAAAGCCAGAUUAAUUCCACAAAACUUCAGGAAAUUGAAAGAAGAAUUUGAUUUAAAAGACAUUUGGCGUAUUAGCAAUCCGGAGGUAAAAGACUACACUUUUUACUCCCAUAGACACAAAACAUGGUCGAGGAUAGAUAUGAUAUGGCUGUCAAAUACAUUAUGCACUAAAAUAGAGGAAAUAAAUAUUUUACCGAGAGACAAAUCCGAUCACAACCCAAUAACGAUGAGAAUUAACCAUAAAAAAGUAGUUGGAAAUGGAGAUUCGACAAUAAUUUGCUUAAAAAAGAAGAAGAUAUUAAUAAGAAUAAAAAAUUAACAAAAGAAUACUUUGAACUAAGCGCCUCACCCGAAAUCAAAGAUCAAGUACUAUGGGACGCCUACAAGGCGGUAAUUAGAGGAUAUCUAAUCCAACAAAAAGCAGAGAAAAAUAAACUAAAAUUCCAAAAAUUAAACAAGAUUAAUAAUGAUAUAAAUAAGUAUGAAAAAAAGUUAAAAGAAGAACCACACAAUAACCUCCUAGUAAAACACCUGAGAACUUUGCAAAACAAUAAGAAAAAUUUGGAACUAGAACAAACCGCGAACCAGCUGAAAUACAUAAAACAGUAUAGUUUCGAAAAUGCUAACAAACCAGGAGCAUGGCUUACGAGAAAGUUGAGAAAGAAAAAACAACAGCAACCAAUUACAAAAAUAAAAAAAGGUAAUGAGGUCCUUGUGAAAGACAAAGAAAUACUUCAGGCAUUUGAAGAGUUCUAUACCAAUCUGUAUAAAGAAGAGAAUAUAAAUUUAGAAAAAAUUCAAGAAUAUCUGGGAAUACAAAAACUACAAAAAAUCACAGAAACACAGAGAGAACAACUUAAUAAGGAGAUAACAGAAGAAGAAAUUAGGAAAAUUAUGAAAACAAUGAAAGUGAACAAAGCGCCAGGUCCAGAUGGCUUCCCUAUAUACUUUUAUAGAAUUCUAGAGGAAGAACUGAUACCUUGGCUAAAGAGAAUUAUGAAUGCGGUACUGAAAGAGAAAAUAGUACCUGAUUCAUGGACACAGGCGGAUAUAAUAAUGAUCCCCAAAGAAAAAGGUGAUGAAUUGGAUGUAGCCGCCAGGAUGUCUUUUGCGAAGCAAUGGAAAAUGGAGGAAAUUCCGAAAAAAGAACUAUGGCUAUACAAAUUAGAA